UGUGGCUGGCGAAACGUCGGACGGAUACCCUUUUUUUCCACCCCUAAACGGCUUGCGGAUAAACUGUAGAUAGGUACCAGGUCUGGACCACUUGAAAUCGUUCCAAUGCAGUCAGGAAGCAAUGCCGGUGUAUUUCGGCAUGUUUGCCUGUUACUAAAACUUAGGAUACCGGGUGCACAUUAUCAGACACCGCAAGACAAAACUGUGACUUAGAAGUCCUGAGCAAAAUGGAAAACUAAUUUAUAUUGACGUAAACGGUGCAGCGGCGGUUGAUUCAUUCCCCAUUUUGAAGCGAAAUCAAUAUACCGUGGUAACCAAUAUUACGAAGAAAAACAGACAGUUCUCGGAGUUGGUUAUUUCCACACAGAAAAUCCACGGCGAGCUUGCGUUACAUCAGCAACUUUGGCUAUAUCCAUUCCGCAAUAACGUUUAAAUAACAACAGAUAAAUCGUUUUGUUUUCGUUUUAUAAAACAACGAUAACAAAGCCUUCUCCUUUGGUUAUUUUGGGUUGCCGGCCUAUUGUUUGGUCGAUCACGUGAUGAGUGUGUACACGCGCAUCGUUCUUUUUCACAAGGUAAGAUAUACCCUAUAGCUAGCAGCAUUUUUCCAUUUUUAUUGUUUUGCUUUUUCGUGUUGUUCACAUUUUAGCUAGCAUACCUAUUGCUCACACUGUUAGCUCAGGUUAAUGUCGGUGCGGAAGCGCGGUUCAGUAGCCAAUGUUAAAGCCUGUGUUGAAAUAUUAAUGGGCUACUACCCUAUAGUAUGUCUUUCUAAUAAUAGCGACACAGGGUAAACCGGUAUAGGCAUCGCUUUAAACACCGGUUGUCUUAGUUUCUUCGUAAAGACGCCUAUGCUACCAAAGUGCCUUUCGAAAGCCUCACCUGAAAUCCCACUUGGCCAGCUGGGAUAGCCCGGCUAAACCACUGACAAAGGGUCACGUGUUUAAAUUUUCCCUUCAACAACCAGUAAAGUAGCCUAACUUCGUUUUACCAUACGGUAAAGCUCUAAGGUCCGGCAACUUAAGCCCAUAACAUAUGUGUGUACGUUGGUGGUGAAUAUAGCAAGCCCUACGUCCUUGAAGCCCAUUCCUCAGUUCGAUUUACAGUGGGACAUGAAUGGACCGAUGUAAUAGAAAGUGCACAAACAGUGUGCUUAUGCAUGUAGGGGCGAAGUCUUCGCUUUUGACACAAUUUGUGAAGACCGUCCGUCACAGCACAGUUACCAUCCACCGGCUAUCCAUCCACCGCUACGCGUGACGACAUCAUUCUGAACACGCCAAAUGUCCGACGGUCCAAGACAAAGGGGGAAGGCAGCAUCGGUGGACGGCGAUGGCGAGCCGGACUCCGGGAAGCGCCCGGAAAGCUCUGGGGUGGCUCUGAAGAAGGAGAUCGGUCUUGUGAGCGCCUGCGGAAUUAUAGUCGGGAACAUCAUUGGGUCGGGGAUCUUCGUCAGCCCGAAGGGGGUUCUGAGGAACUCUGGCUCGGUGGGGCUGGCGCUGCUGGUGUGGAUGGCCACAGGGGUGAUCACCGCCAUCGGGGCGCUGUGCUACGCAGAGCUCGGGGUCACCAUCCCCAAAUCUGGGGGCGACUACGCCUACGUCAAGGACAUCUUCGGAGGACUGGCAGGGUUUCUGCGGCUGUGGAUCGCGGUGCUGGUGAUCUAUCCCACCAAUCAGGCGGUGAUCGCUCUGACCUUCUCCAACUACGUGCUGCAGCCGCUCUUCCCCUCCUGCUUCCCCCCCGAGGGCGGCCUGCGUCUGCUGGCUGCCGUCUGCCUGCUGCUGUUGACCUGGGUGAACUGUUGGAGUGUUCGCUGGGCGACGCGGGUGCAGGACGUGUUCACGGCGGGAAAGCUGCUCGCCCUGGCCCUCAUCAUCACCAUGGGCAUUGUGCAGAUCUGCAAGGGACAGUAUUACUGGUUGGAGCCGGCCCACGCGUUUGAGACCUUCCAGGACUGCGAUGUGGGGAUGGUGGCGCUGGCCUUCCUGCAGGGAUCCUUCGCCUACGGAGGCUGGAACUUCCUCAAUUACGUCACCGAGGAGCUGGUGGACCCUUAUGUUAACCUCCCGCGGGCGAUCUUCAUCUCCAUCCCGCUGGUGACCUUCGUCUACGUCUUCGCCAACGUGGCGUACAUCACAGCCAUGAGCCCCCAGGAGCUGCUGGCCUCCAACGCCGUGGCAGUGACGUUUGGGGAGAAGUUGCUGGGGGUGAUGUCCUGGAUCAUGCCCAUCUCUGUGGCUCUGUCCACAUUCGGAGGGGUCAACGGCUCCCUCUUCACCUCCUCCCGGUUGUUCUUUGCGGGGGCGAGAGAGGGUCACCUCCCCAGGCUGCUGUCGAUGAUCCAUGUGAAACGCUGCACCCCGAUUCCUGCCCUCCUCUUCACCUGCCUGUCCACCCUCCUGAUGCUGUGCACCAGCGACAUUUACACCCUCAUCAACUACGUGGGCUUCAUCAACUACCUCUUCUACGGAGUCACUGUUGCCGGGCAGAUCGUGCUGCGCGUCAAACAGCCACACAUGCAUCGGCCAAUCAAGGUGAGCCUGCUCUGGCCGGUGCUGUACCUGCUGUUCUGGCCUUCCUGCUGCUGUUCUCCUGUACUCAGAGCCCCUGGUGUGUGGCAUCGGUCUGGGCAUCAUGCUCACCGGCGUGCCCGUCUACUUCCUGGGCGUGUACUGGGACAGCAAGCCCCAGAGCUUCAACCGCUUCAUCAAUAAGAUGACGUCUGUGGGGCAGAAGUUCUGUGUGGUGGUGUAUCCAGCGGCUUCUGACGCCAGAGAGACAGAGGCGGG